UGCAAAUUCACAAAAAGAGAUUCCCAGGAAGGAGACAAUUGAGGUUAGAUCUCUAGAUAGAUUUCCUACCUAACAAUCAAAUCUCAUUUCUUUCAGCUUUCAGUUGUAUUUUAUUUUGUUUUGGAGAUCAUUUCCUCAUUUCUGGUUUCAUUUUCACAAAAAUUCCAAGAGAUCAUGGGAAAUGCUCUAAGGUUUUUGUAUAGAAAUUGUUGUGAACCAACAACUCAAGAGUCAAAUCAGUAUCAAUAUGGCGGUGUUCCUCCCACAGCCACUGCUACUACCACUACUGGUGGUGUUUCAGCUCUAGUUCAUGAUUUAAAUCAGUAUCAGAUCACUUCUCAGGUUCCUGAAGGACUUAGUGAGCUGGUUGUAUCUUCAAAGAAAGCUCAAGCUAAUUGGUACACCAAACUAUUGCAGACAUGGAAAGAAGCGAAACCAGCACCUAAAACACCUGAACAAGCGUCUAAGCUUGUCAUUCAGACAUUAAAGCAUCACCAAAAGGCUGAUGUAGAGGGUUUAUUGAAGUAUUAUGGUCUUCCUCUUCCGCAUAGUUUGGUGAAGUUCGAAUUGCAUACACUUCCAGUGGACGCAAAAGAUAUUCCUGAUGGGGAUACCUUAACUGUCUAUGUUAGCGCAAAGGACCGUAGAGAAGCACCCAAUGUGCCCAAGGCUGUACAUGUUGCAGUAUCACAACGAACGAAAGCACGUGCAUCCAAGAAUUAUCAGAAGGCAGAUGUACUUCAUAAGAACAUUAUUGAUGCUGGUUAUAGAGUAAUAACUGGUUCAAACAAUAAGGAUAUCCUUGCCAAAAAGUAUCGGAUUCGAUUGAGUGGAAUUGAUUGCCCAGAGAGUAAAAUGCCCUAUGGACAAGAAGCAAAGCAAGAGCUUAUUAAGCUGGUUCAAGGAAAAUGCUUGUUAAUUAACGUGUACACUGAAGAUCGCUAUGGUCGACUUGUAGGAGACAUCCAUUGCAAUGGAAAAUUUAUUCAGGAAAUAAUGCUCAAGAAAGGGUGUGCAUGGCAUUAUGCAGCCUAUGACAAACGCCCGGAACUCAUAAAGUGGGAGAAUGCGGCUAGAGUUAAACGGGUUGGGUUGUGGGCAUCUCCGAACCCAGAAAAGCCAUGGGAAUGGAGAAAAAAUAAACACGACGGAAACUAACUUCCAUUGUUGACAAAGUAUGUUAUGGUCGACGGAAACUAACCGUGUUCAGUUUUCGCAUAAAGGAUUGGGGCUCGACAACAUAUUGCAUUACAGAGACUUUACAUUACCAACAUAUUGGUUGGCUGUAACUUUUAAGUGAUUAUACAAACAGAUUUAGAGAUUAAGUAUAGAUGUUUGCAGGGUGUAUACUUGCGAUUGAAUUGUAUCACUGUGUGUAUUUAUGUCUCCAUAAAUAAUAAUUGUAUGGUCAACUAGGUAAUAAUCAGUUGAUAUUAAUUUGAAUCCUGUAACAUAUAGCUGUUGGCUGUUAUGAAUUUUCUGCCACUGUGAGUCUAUGGCCCAAAUUU